AUGCAUUUCCGACGGUAUCAUGCUGGAGGCCUCCAUGUCGGCCCAGCUCGAACUCUCUUACAGAUUGCUCUUAAAGGCAUUGGUGUAGUAGAGAUGAAUACAGCACUAGACUACUUCACUGGAUUACGAGAGAAUACGGCUGCAUGUACAGCAGCGAUAUAUCUUUGCUCCAAGACUGAUGCUAAAAACGGGAUGCUCGAGCUCCUCUCGAGUCGAAGCAAGGGGGAUCCUGACUCUGUUGGAGCUCUUCAUGAGGCAGCCAGACGCUUCUGUUAUAGGAAUGUUAAGUCUAUGUUGGAUUAUUAUGGAAGUGGAGAUUCCCAUAAAAGGGCAUCGCGGAUAGUCAAUGAGGAGGCUGUGGAACUAACUUGUAAAGCACUAGCUGAAGUCAGUGAUGGGGACAUAGUAGAGGAGUUGGAGUUGGCUGUAAGGCAUAGGGACGAGUUGUGUGCUAGAGGUAUACUUAAGGCUGGUAACUGCCCAUCAUGGUAUCAUCCCUUGUCGAAUAAGGAUCUCCAGUGGUUCGCAGACCUCAACGCUCAUCUUCAUCGCAGUGUUGGAGCUCCUGAGCCGCUGAGUUAUUAA